GUAAUGAAAAGCAUUGGGGUUGAGGGCGGACUUACGGCGACAGUUUCCGGGUUUCCCUUCCUGGGUUGGGACAGCGGCAAGAGGAGAGAUCUCCUGUUGAUUUGCUAUAUUUAAAAGUUACACUCAGCAGGCUCAUCAGUAAACAGCAGACAUGUCUCAGUCUGGAGAGAAAGGGAAGUUCCCAGAUGCAACGGGUUAUGUAGGUUUUGCUAACCUCCCAAACCAAGUGCACAGAAAAUCAGUGAAAAAAGGGUUUGAAUUCACCCUGAUGGUUGUUGGGGAGUCUGGUUUGGGUAAAUCAACACUUAUAAACAGCCUGUUCUUGACUGAUCUCUACCCGGAACGCUACAUCCCUGGUGCUGCAGAAAAGAUUGAAAGGACAGUGCAAAUCGAGGCAUCAACCGUGGAGAUCGAGGAGAGAGGGGUAAAGCUUCGCCUCACUGUGGUAGACACCCCUGGAUACGGCGAUGCCAUCAACAGCCAGGACUGUUUCAAGACCAUCAUCCAGUACAUCGACAAUCAGUUUGAGCGUUACCUUCAUGAUGAGAGCGGCCUGAACAGAAGACACAUAGUGGACAACAGGGUGCACUGCUGCUUUUACUUCAUAUCUCCCUUUGGACACGGUCUCAAGCCUCUCGAUGUGGAGUUCAUGAAGGCCAUCCACAGCAAAGUGAACAUUGUCCCAGUCAUUGCCAAGGCUGACACACUGACACUGAGAGAGAGGGAUCGCCUGAAGAGAAGGAUCCUGGACGAGAUCGCAGAGCAGGGGAUCAAAAUUUAUCAGCUACCUGAUGCUGACUCUGACGAGGAUGAAGAGUUCAAGGAGCAGACCAGGGUCCUAAAGGCAAGUAUUCCCUUUGCUGUGAUUGGCUCCAAUCAGCUGAUUGAGGUGAAGGGGAAGAAGAUUCGUGGUCGUCUCUACCCCUGGGGAGUUGUUGAAGUGGAAAACCCAGAGCACAAUGACUUCCUCAAACUUCGAACCAUGCUUGUGACCCACAUGCAAGACCUCCAGGAGGUAACUCAGGAUCUGCACUAUGAGAACUUCCGCUCCGAGAGGCUGAAGAGAGCGGGCAGGGCUGUGGAUGAGGACGUGGUGGACAAAGACCAGAUCCUGCUACAGAAAGAGGCUGAGUUGAGGCGCAUGCAAGAGAUGAUCGCUCAGAUGCAGGCACAGAUGAAGAUGAAAGCAGACGAGUGAAACAGUCAGAGUUAAAGGGAAGCACACUAACACACUUGCACACACACUCUAAUACACACAUGUACACACUCCUGGUCUUCCUAAGAGUCCAUCCCUUCCUGCUGUCAAUAUGAAUUUUCAAAAGGAGUCCAAGCAUCCAGGAUCAUGUUGUCUGUUUCCUCACAUCACCAAUAACCUCUUCCUCUUCUUCUUCUUCCCUCCAAACGUCCAUCCAUCAGCUGUUCAGGAGCUCGCCUCACUCACAAUCCACACAUGAAUCUCAUUUUGCUGUGUGCUGCUGACCUCUUGGCCAGGUCACCCUUGUAAAGGAAUUCUUGAUCUAAAUAAAUAUAAAAAGUAAAUGUUCUAGUUUGCAACUGAAUAGAUGAGUCAGACUGGGCAAAACAUUUAAAAAGGAUGAACUUGGAAAAGUAACUGGGAUUGAAUAUGGGGUUGAUUAAAUUAUGGUCUGCAAAGCUGGAAGACAGUACGGCACUAGGUUGUUUUCAAUCCUGCUAACAUGUUUACAAAAAUAUUUGUAUAGUCAUACAUAUCAUUUAAGUCUAGUGUCAUAUGCAAUCAUACCCUAAAUACUUCUAUCAGGUUAAGGCAAUGGUAAUCUGUUUUUAGUUUAUAGAAUAAAAUGUGCUUUUUAUGUUGCCAUCAGUUUUAGACUUGCUCAAUAGCACAUCACUUUAACCUCACAAUGGUUUCAGACUUUAAGUGCCUUCAGUGCUUUUGUCUGACAAAGCCACAGCUAUGAAAGUUAUGACAGUCAAUAAUGUGGGCUUAUUAGUUAGAUCAGUUGUCUUAGCGGAGGGAAAAGAUUGCCCUUGUUUUGUUUCAAAGCAACAUAUUUCACCUAAUCAUAUGAAACGAGAAACAUUGUUUUGUAACCUUGUUUUGUAGCCGCUGCCAACACUGUAAUUCUAGUUAUUUUUGCUUUUUUGUUGUAAAGCAUAUUAAUGCAAGAAAUAAAACUAAUACAACUCGGCUGUUAAAGGCAGUAACCAGGUUUAUGUUUUAGUUAAAACGGUUAUAUUGUUAAUAUUUUGGUAUUUAUCAAUAGCUGCUGAUAUUAAUGUCCGUGCCAAACUACAGACUGAAAAUUAAUCAAACUAUUCAGUCAGGUGACUAAAUGUGUCCAUAUGUGCUCAUUCAAUAUUGUUAAAUGUGUUCACUAUUUUUGUACACUACAUGUUUUGUCUUAUGUUAUAUUGUUUUUUAGCUUUUUCCCAUUUAAAAACAGUUACUAUAACAUUUAACUGUUAUAACCACCACCAGCUUUUCUGUGAGCAGCAGACUGAACAUCCUAACUUUUCCUCAUCAGUGAAACUGACUGUGCUUUCAUUGGUAUUUUUGUUUUUAUUUUAGUUUUCUCCCUUACGCAAAUUUGUCAUUUGAACUUAUAUAAAUAUACACAAUUUUUGUGUCUUAAUCAUGUCUAUCAUUUCUCAGUAGAAACUUUUUUUUGUGCUGAUCUUUUUUGUAUUCCUCUCAAUAAAAUCUGUUUAGA